AUGCGACCCUCUACUUCACGUUCACAUUCCGAAUCCCCACUACCUGCAAAGCGUCGUCAUGCCCCAAAUUUUAAAUCAGCAGCCGGCAACCUAGUCACGUCAUCAGGCCAAGAAAUGGGUUCUAAUGCACGCGUCCGUUCUCCUAGAGAGUCUGUUGACCCGAAACAGGGCUCUCGGGAGUCAAAAGGCGUAGUGGUCAGCUUUCGCAUUCUUUCAGAUCGGGAAGCUAGUGUUGGCAACGGAUCUGAAUCUUGCACUAGGGGCCUAGCUGAAUCUCCACAUCUCUCGAUGCCAGAGGACCCCGGUGGCGUGCUUAAGAUGGACGGCAGAACUAGACAUGGUAUAGAAGCCCUGGAUGAAAAUGAAGAAAAUGAAGAAGAUGGAGAAGAAGAGGAAAUUGAAGAAGGUCAAGCAAGAGAUGAAGUACGACAUGGAUCCGGGCUAGGAAGCUCCUUAGUGCAACCUCACAUUCGCCGAAUCGCUGGCAAGCAGGGACGAAAGCGUCGGAUCUCGGCCACAGAGUCCGAAGCCAAUCGGUCCAGCCACCCUGGUUCUGUAAAACGGGCCUUCCGAGCUACGUGCGGAGAGCAAAUGGUUGGUUCGGAUGAUAUAGGCGCUGAGGCGGAUGUGGAACAAUUAGAUGAGGAUGAUGAAGAUGAAGGGUGUGAUGAAGAUGAUGAUUAUCACGAUGGCCAGGUGACUGUUGCCGAGAUCGAUACCACUGGAAUUUCACCAUAUUCAUCACAGCACCUCAUUCGUGGAAUGGCCAAAGCGGCGAUCGCUGUUGCUGAAGGAAAUAAGAAAGCAAAGGGAAUGGCUAACGGGGAAAAUUUAGUUAGGACACAGACAGUUGUUUCUACUUCAGGCUGCAGACAUGAGGAUUUGGAGCAGGAAGAUGAAGUCGAAGAAGAAGAAGAGGGUGAAGAGGUAGAUGAAGAAUGCGACGAUGAUGAAGCGGAUGAGUCGUUGAGUGACGAG